CGCGGUGGCCCGGACUGUCGCGGGCUGGGGCGGUUGGUGGUGGCAGCUGCCGCCAUGGAGUGGAGCUCGGAGUCAGCGGCUGUGCGGCGGCACCGCGGCACCGCGGAGCGUCGGGAGGGAGAGGCGGACGCGUCGCACGGGCAGAGAGAGGCCUCAGCGCAGGAGGAUGCGAAGGGCGUCGGGAGGAUGUGGGGGAAGACGGAGAACGGCGGCGGGAGCCGGGGCGCGAAGACCGCGCUGUCCGAGGCGCGCACGGCGCUGGCGCUCGCACUCUACCUGCUCGCGCUGCGGGCGCUCGUGCAGCUCUCGCUGCAGCGGCUGGUGCUGAGCCGGACCUCGGGGCUCCAGGGCGAGUUCGACGCGCGCCAAGCCAGGGAUUAUCUGGAACACAUAACGGCCAUUGGCCCCAGGACUACAGGAAGCACAGAAAAUGAAAUUCUGACGGUACAGUACCUUUUGGAGCAGAUCAAGCUGAUAGAAGCACAAAGCAACAGCCUUCACAGCAUCUCAGUGGAUAUACAGCGGCCCACCGGCUCCUUUAGCAUUGACUUCUUGGGGGGCUUCACGAGCUACUAUGACAACAUUACUAAUGUCGUGGUAAAGCUGGAGCCCCGGGAUGGAGCCGAGUCUGCUAUCCUGGCUAACUGUCACUUUGACUCAGUGGCAAAUUCACCAGGUGCCAGUGACGAUGCAGUUAGCUGUGCGGUGAUGCUCGAAGUUCUCCGGGUCAUGUCAGCGUCUCCAGAGCCCAUGCAGCACGCUGUGGUGUUCCUCUUUAAUGGCGCAGAGGAAAAUGUCUUGCAAGCAAGCCAUGGUUUUAUUACUCAACAUCCCUGGGCCAGUUUGAUUCGAGCAUUUAUUAACCUGGAGGCUGCCGGUGUCGGAGGGAAAGAACUUGUGUUCCAAACAGGCCCUGAAAAUCCUUGGUUGGUCCAGGCUUACGUUUCGGCAGCUAAACACCCUUUUGCCUCUGUGGUGGCUCAGGAGGUUUUCCAGAGUGGAAUCAUUCCCUCUGACACCGACUUCAGAAUCUACAGGGAUUUUGGGAACAUUCCAGGAAUAGACUUAGCUUUUAUUGAAAAUGGAUACAUCUAUCACACCAAGUAUGACACAGCGGACAGGAUUCUCAUAGAUUCCAUUCAGAGAGCAGGUGACAACAUUUUAGCAGUUCUUAAAUACCUGGCUACGUCUGACACCCUGGCUUCUUCGUCUGAGUACCGGCAUGGGAGCAUGGUGUUCUUCGAUGUGCUCGGCCUGCUGGUCAUUGCGUACCCUUCUCGUGUCGGCUCCAUAAUCAACUACAUGGUGGUCAUGGCCGUGGUUCUGUACCUGGGGAAGAAACUGCUGCGGCCCAAACACAGGAAUGCUAGUUACAUGAGAGACUUCUUGUGUGGACUCGGGAUCACUUUCAUUAGCUGGUUCACUAGCCUUGUUACCGUCCUCAUUAUAGCAGUGUUCAUCUCUCUCAUCGGACAGUCUCUCUCAUGGUACAAUUACUUUUAUAUCGCCGUUUGCCUGUAUGGAACUGCAACAGUUGCCAAAAUCAUAUUUAUUCAUACUCUUGCAAAAAGAUUUUAUUAUAUGAAUGCCAGCGACCUGUAUCUGGGAGAAUUGUUCUUCGACACCUCCCUGUUCGUGCACUGUGCUUUUCUUGUUGCUUUAACUUAUCAAGGGUUUUGCUCUGCAUUCAUGAGUGCCGUCUGGGUAGUUUUUCCAUUGCUCACAAAGCUUUGUGUGUACAAGGACUUCAAGAAGCACGGUGCCCAAGGAAGAUUUAUUGCUCUUUACCUUUUGGGGAUGUUUAUCCCCUAUCUUUACGGGCUCUACCUCAUCUGGGCGGUAUUUGAGAUGUUCACUCCUAUCCUGGGAAGAAGCGGGUCGGAGAUCCCCCCCGAUGUUGUGCUGGCCUCCAUCCUGGCUGUCUGCGUGAUGAUUCUCUCCUCCUAUUUUAUUACCUUCAUCUACCUUGUGAACAGCACAAAGAAAACCAUUCUGAGCCUAAUAGUGGUGUGCGCGGUCACCUUCCUCCUCGUCUGCACUGGAGCCUUUUUCCCAUACAGUUCUAAUCCCGAGAGUCCAAAGCCAAAGAGAGUGUUUCUUCAGCACGUGAGUAGAACUUUUCAUAACUUAGAAGGAAGCGUAGUAAAAAGAGACUCUGGAAUAUGGAUCAAUGGGUUUGAUUACACUGGAAUGUCUCACGUAACACCUCACAUUCCUGAGAUCAACGAUACAAUCCGAGCUCACUGUGAGGAGAAUGCCCCACUCUGUGGCUUCCCUUGGUAUCUUCCAGUGCACUUCCUGAUCAGGAAAAACUGGUAUCUUCCAGCUCCAGAGAUUUCUCCAAGAAAUCCUGCUCAUUUCAGACUUGUAUCCAAAGAGAAGAUGCCAUGGGAUUCGAUAAAGCUGACCUUUGAAGCAACAGGACCAAGCCAUAUGUCUUUCUAUGUUCGAACCCACAAAGGAUCCACACUUUCCCAGUGGUCUCUUGGCAACGGCAUCCCAGUGACAAGCCGAGGAGGAGACUACUUUGUGUUUUAUUCCCAUGGCCUUCAGGCUUCUGCAUGGCAGUUCUGGAUAGAAGUGCAGGUCUCAGAAGAACAGGCAGAAGGAAUGGUGACUGUGGCCAUUGCUGCCCACUAUCUAUCAGGGGAAAACAAGAGAUCCUCUCAGCUGGAUGCUCUGAAGAAGAAGUUCCCAGACUGGUCCUUUCCCUCGGCGUGGGUUUCCACCUACAGUCUCUUUGUGUUCUAAUCUCGUGGAUGGACUUUGAGUACAUGUCCCCUGGACAUUGCAUGGGAUAGUUUCUCUCCCAUCGUACAAGGAUGUUUGUAAUACAAGUCAAUGAAUUCUACUGAGCAUAUGUUCAAAGAGCUUUUGAGAUAACACUCUUCAGGGCCAAGUACUGUAUGGGUUAAACUUGGGGACAGUGGUACCUGGCCCUGCCAGUUGAAACUUCCUGCUUUCUGACAAGUAAGCACAUGUGGAUAUUGCCAAUCAUGUCACUCAUGACUAAGGACUCAGCAGCAUGCCACUUGAGCAGCUUUCCUGGGAGGAUCGAGAAAGAUGUAGGCUCUUAGACCACUGUUAAUGAAAUAGGCAAGUCCACUUGCCAGUGGAUGGUGGGUAAGAUGCCUCUCUGUGCACUACAACUGUAGUACUGGGAAGUAAAUGCCACAAAGGUGGAAGCCGCUGCAGCACCUUAGAUGCUGGAGCGCUCUUUCUUCAGGCAGCCGUUCAGGUUUUUUUUUGUGUUUGGAAGCCUAAGCCCUGAUGCAGAGGUCUGGGCCUGACUCCUGAGUAGCAUUCAAUGUCUGCUUUUCCCUCAAACACGUUCCUGGGGGAAGAGAACAUUUCUUCAGCUACAUUUUCUUCUUACAUUUCAUGGGUUGCUUUAUUUGUGCAAGCACAAAACUUAAAACUUCUUCCCCAGAGCACUGAAUUGCCAGCAUAGCUGCUGAGGUGGAAGAGGAGGAGGGCUGGGAGGACUGGGGAUUUUAUAAUAUUUAUUGUUAUAUAUAAGAUUAAUCCUUUAGCACAAAUUCUUUAUUGCUGCAUUGGGUUUUCUGUUUUCUAGCAGGUGACUAAGUUGUUGUAACUUGCCGUCAGUGAGAUGCUGAGGUUGUAGCUUACAAGGAGUGAGACAACUAUACCUGUAUUUGUUAAUUUUCAGAUCUUGCAUAAGGGCGGCAGUCAGACUUAAUGGUGCUUUUCAUUUUGAAGACAGGGAUGUAGCUUGUGAGGUAUGUCAUGGCAGUGGCUCUUGUGGCGUCUCUAGGUUCCAUCGGUGACAGAGGAGGAGAUGAACAGUAAAUUAUUCUAAUUUUACAGUAGUAAAUAUAUAAAGACAAAAUUUGAGUUAGCAAACAAGCAUGACACAAAAUGUAGUUGAAAGAAAAGCCAUAGUAAGGCCAAACCAAACCAAACAAUAUCCUUGUCAGGUGAGAACAGGAAGGCGCCUCUCAGAGUGGCCCUCAAAACUGUCUGAAUGUCAACAAAGGCACUGUUACGUGUGCACUGCAGAAGAGGAGCCUCUGGAAAUUGCUCAUGUGGUACGUGUCAGUUUCUUAAUCGUGUUCCUUGUAUUGCCUCCCUAAUCUGUAACGCCUUAAAAACGCUGCGGCUGGAGCUGAUAGUAACAUGCUGACUGUCACAAGUGGUGACACUGUAAAGUGGAGUCACUGUUUUGCUGGACUCACAGAAAUCUUAUCUCAAUAGUGCUUCAAGUGUCUGGCUCCUGCUGUGUUUGUAUUAUCUGUCAGGUAGGACUUAAAGGGUUGAGGGGUUAUGUCUAGCUUGUAGAGAACCACAGCUGAGUAACAGUACUGAUAGCUCAAUGAAUUUCAAAAUACAGGCUUAUGUUCUGUGCCCGGUUAAUCUGAAACUGAUUACUAGAAAUUAUGGGGAGGGGAGCAACAUGUCAUGCUGAGAAAGUUCACCAGGACAAGGAUGCUCUGAUUUCCUUCCCUUUGGCAGGCACCUUUUCAGUGAAAUCAAUCAUGGUUUUCUUUCUGUCUUUGGGUUGUUUCUCUAUGCAAACGAUUUUCAUUUUCUCUAACACUAUUAUGCAACCACUAACAAGAUGUUCAGUUUCAGGCAUGCUUAACGGCCAGAAAUGGUCAGGCAAUUACAUGCAGUAUUCAUGGCUUUUAAAAAGCACACUCUAGUUAUCACUAGCCUCCUACCUUUAGAGGUUAUCUGAUCACGUGUGUAAUUCACUUCUCAAGAUAGUUUCAAGGUCUAAGGAAUGCAUUCCCCCAGAAGAGUAUAAACAUAAGCAGCACACUAGGGACAAGUAUAAAGAACUAAAAGAUUGUUCUACACAGUGUUUCCAGUUUAGCAGCUAUAACUAAAUGUCUAAGAUUCCCCCCCCAACCCCGAUUUUGCUGUGAAAGAGCACAAGCCAGCCUAGGUGACUCAGGAAGAAGCUGUUGGAAGAACAUGUCUGUUCAUCUCAUUUUUCACUUCUUUGCUGAUUUGUUGAGGGUUAAUCGUUGCCUUACAAUGUUACUGAAAUAAACUUUUUAACAUACUGGUUGGAAAAAA